CCUCCAAUAAAUAGGGUGUGGACUCCGGUCGUGCAUUCUCACCUGGGCGCGCAGAGGCUGCCUGUGGGUGCCGGUCCGUGUGGAGGAGACAGCGAGCGACGUAAAGCCAAGACCCGCCAGCUCGGCCAUGGGCCCGCCGGGGCCCGCGCUGCGUCCGCCGGCGCUGCUGCUGCUGCUGCUGCUGCUGGCUGCAGGCGCCCGCGCAGAAGACGAAGUGCUGGAAAAUGUCAGCCCCAUCUGUCCAAAAGAUGCAACCCGAUUCAAGCACCUUAGGAAAUACGUCUACAACUACGAAGCUGAGAGUUCCAGCGGGGUUCCCGGGACAGCGGACUCCAGAAGCGUCACCAAGAUCAACUGCAAGGUCGAGCUGGAGGUUCCCCAGCUCUGCAGCUUCAUCCUGAGGACAAGCCAGUGCACCCUGAGAGAGGUGCACAGCUUCAGCCCGGAGGGCAGGGCCGUGCUGAAGAAGGCCAGGAGCUCGGACGAGUUUUCCGAGGCCAUGUCCAGGUACGAGCUCAGGCUGGCCAUGCCCGAAGGGAAACGGGUUGUCCUCUACCCGGAGAAAGAGGAGCCGAAACACAUCCUGAACGUCAAGAGAGGCAUCAUUUCUGCCCUCCUGGUUCCCCCGGAAACGGAAGAGGCCAAGCAAGUGUUGUUUCUGGAUACUGUGUAUGGAAACUGUUCCAGUGACUUUACCGUAAAAACAAGGAAGGGGAGCGUGGCGACGGAAAUAUCCAUCGAAAGAAAACUGGAGACGUGUGAUCACUUCGAGCCCGUGAGCACAGGGGUGAGCCCCCUGGCUCUGAUCAAAGGCAUGAGCCACCCCUUGUCAACUCAGAUCAGCAGCAGCCAGUCCUGCCAGUACACCCUGGACCCCAAGAGGAAGCAUGUGUCAGAAGCCACCUGCAAGGAAGAACACCUGUUCCAGCCUUUCUUCCAUGAGAACAAGUACGGGAUGAUGACACAGGUCACACAGACCCUGAAACUUGAAGACACACCCAAGAUCAACAGCCGUUUCUUUGAGGAAGGGGCCGAGGAGGCAGGUCUCGCCUUUGAGAGCACCAAGUCCACGGCACUGCCCCAGCAGGCCGAGGCCGUGCUCAAGACCCUCCAGGAGCUCCAGCAGCUGCACGUCUCUGAGCAGAACGCCCAGAGAGCCAACCUCUUCAAUAAACUGGUCACUGAGCUGCGGGGCCUCGACAGUGCGGCGGUCGCGUCCCUCCUGCCCAAGCUGGUCCAGGUGUCCAGCCCCGUCACUCUACAGGCCUUGAUCCAGUGUGGACAGCCCCAGUGUUACACCUACAUCCUCCAGUGGCUGAAGAGCGAGAAAGCCAACCCACUGCUGAUAGAUAUCGUGACCUACCUGGUGGCCCUGACCCCGGAGCCCUCGGCCGAGCGGCUGCAGGAGAUCUUCAACACAGCCAAGGAGCAGCAGAGCCGGGCUACUUUCUAUGCUCUGAGUCACGUGAUCAACAGGUAUCACGAGACACACCCUACAGCGACUCAAGACCUGCUGGACAUCGCGGAUUACCUGUUGGAGCAGAUCCGAGAUGACUGCACCGGCAACGAAGAGCACACCUACCUGAUUCUGAGGGUCAUUGGCAAUAUCGGCGGAGCCAUGGAGCAGCUCACCCCAAGACUCACAUCCGCCCUCUUGAACUGUGUCCGAAGCGCAGAGCCGUCGCUGCUGAUUCAGAAGGCCGCCAUCCAGGCCCUGCGGAAAAUGAAAAAUAAAGAUGAGGUCCGGGAGGUCCUUCUGCAGACUUUCCUGGAUGCUGCGGCCCCAGGGGAUAAGCGACUGGCUGCCUAUCUCAUGCUGAUGAGGGACCCUUCUCAGUCGGAUAUUAGCAACAUCACCCAGCUUCUCCCAGGGGAACAGAAUCAGCAAGUGAAGAACUUCGUGGCUUCCCACAUUGCCAACAUCCUAAACUCAGAAGAAUUGUAUGUCCAGGAUUUGAAAGAGCUAGUGAAAGGCGCUCUGGAAAACUCUCAGCUCCCAACUCUCAUGGACUUCAGAGCAUUUUCCCGGAACUACCACUUUUCCAAAUCUGUUUCUCUCCCAUCACUUGACCCAGUCUCAGCCAAAAUUGAAGGCAAUCUUAUAUUUGAUCCAAAUAAUUACCUGCCUAGAGAAAGCAUGCUGAAAACUACUCUCACUGUCUUUGGACUUGCUUCAGUUGACCUCUUUGAGCUUGGUUUGGAAGGAAAAGGGUUUGAGCCAACACUGGAAGCUUUCUUUGGGAAGAACGGAUUUUUCCCAGACAGCGUCAACAAGGCUUUGUACUGGGUUGACGGUCAAGUUCCCGAUCAUGUCUCCAAGGUCUUGGUGGACCACUUUGGCUACAACAAAGAUGAUAAACAUGAGCAGGACAUGGUCAAAGGAAUCAUGCUCAACCUUGAGAAGCUGUUCAAAGAUCUGAAAUCCGAAGAAUUCCCAGAAGCCAGAGCCUACCUCCGCAUCUUAGGAGAGGAGCUCGGCUUUGUCAGACUCCACGACCUCCAGCUCCUGGGAAGGCUGUUCUUGAGCGGCGCCCGUACUCUGACGGGGAUCCCCCAGAUGAUUGCAGAGGCCGUCAAGAGAGGUUCAUCGAGUGACUUGUUCCUUCACUACAUCUUCAUGGACAAUGCCUUUGAGCUCCCCACCAGCCUCGGCCUUCCACUGCAAGUGUCCUCCUCCGGAGUCCUCACUCCCGGAAUGAAGGCCGGGGUGAAACUGGAAGCAGGCAACAGAAUGCAGGCAGAACUGGUGGCAAAGCCCUCUGUGUCUGUGGAGUUCGUGACAAAUAUGGGCAUCAUCAUCCCACACUUCGCUAGAAGUGGUGUCCAAAUGAACGUCAACUUCUUCCACGAGACAGGCCUGACGGCACGAGCUGUCCCAGGUGCUGGGCGUCUGAAGCUCAUCAUUGAAGCUCCGAAGAGGCCAGUUAAGCUCUUCAGCAUCAGCAACACAUUGCACUUGGUCUCUACCACCAAAACGCAAGUGAUUCCAUCUCUAAUGGAGAACAGGGAGUCCCAGUCAAUCUGCAAGCCUUUCAUUACCGGCCUGAACUACUGCACCACAAGCGCUUACUCCAACAGCGGUUCCUACUAUCCUCUGAUCGGACACACCAGCCUCUCUAGGUAUGACCUGGAACUGAGGCCCACAGGAGAGGUAGAGCAGUACUCUGCCAGCGCAAUCUACAAUCUCCAGGGAGAGGGCAAAGCCCGGGUGGACUUGCUGAAGUUCGUAAUCCAGGCAGAAGGUGUAAAGCAGACCGAGGCCUCCAUGAUGUUCAGAUAUAACCGGCAGACUAUGACUUUGACCAGUGAAAUGCAAAUUCCAGAUUUGGACGUUGACCUUGGGACAGUCCUCAGAGUUAGUGAUGAAUCUGCUGAGGAAGAAACAUCUUACAAACUCACCCUGGACAUUCAGAACAAGAAAAUCACGGAGAUCGCCCUCACUGGCCAGAUAAGCUGUGACAAGAAGGAAGAAGGCAAAAUCAAAGGUGUCAUUUCCAUACCCCGUCUGCAAGCAGAAGCCAGAAGUGAAGCCCUCGCCCACUGGUCUCCCACAAGACUGCUCCUCCAAGUGGACUCAUCGGCUACAGCUUAUGGCUCCGCGAUUUCCCAGAAGCUGGCCUGGCGCUAUGAUGAAGACAAGAUUGAAUUUGAAUGGAACACGGGCACCAACAUGGAUACCAAGAAAGCGGCUUCCACUUUCCCCAUGGAUCUCUCUGAUUAUCCUAAAAGCUUGCAUAUGUACACCAACAGUCUCUUGGAUCACAGAGUUCCUCAAACAGACAUGACUUUCCGGCACAUGGGCUCCAAAUUAAUAGCUACAACAAACGCAUGGCUUCAGCAGGCACCUGCGAUUCUUCCUUAUGCCCAGAGUUUGCAAGUUUACCUUCGUGGCCUAAAAGACUUGAACCUCCAGAAGAUGGGAUUGCCAGACUUCCGCAUCCCAGAAAACCUCUUCUUGAAAAGUGAUGGCCGGGUCAGAUACACCAUGAACAAGAACAAUUUGAAAAUUGAGAUUCCUUUGCCUUUUGGUGGCAAAUCCUCCAAAGAUCUGAAGAUGGUGGAGACUCUUCGGACCCCAGUCAUCGACUUGCAGUCUGUGGGCUUCCACCUGCCAUCUCAAGAGUUCCAGGUCCCCACUUUUACCAUCCCCACCGUUUACGAACUGCGGGUGCCUCGCUUGGGUGUCCUAGACCUUUCCACAAAUGUCUACAGCAACUUCUACAACUGGUCCGCCUCCUACACCGGCGGCAACACCAGCAUGGACCACUUGAGCCUUCAGGCUCGGUACCGCAUAAAGGCUGACUCUGUGGUCGACCUGCUGUCCUACAAUGUGCAAGGCUCUGGAGAAACAACAUAUGACCACAGGAAUACGUUCACGUUAUCAUGUGAUGGAUCUCUACACCACAAAUUCCUGGAUUCAAAUGUCAAAUUCAGUCAUGUAGAAAAGAUUGGCAACAACCCAGCCUCCAAAGGUCUGCUGACGUUCAAGGCAGCCAGUGCCUGGGGACCGCAGAUGUCUGCUUCAGUACAUUUGGACUCAAAAAAGAAAGAGCAUGUGUAUAUCAAGGAAGUCAAGGUUGAUGGGCAGUUCCGAGUCUCUUCCAUCUACGCUAAAGGUGUAUAUGGCCUGUCUUAUCAAAAGGAUCCUGCCACUGGCCAGCGCAGCGUAGAGUCCAGUCUGAGGUUCAACUCCACCUACCUCCAGGGCACCAACCAGAUAACAGGAAGUUACGAAGAUGGAACGGUCUCCGUCAUCUCCACCUCGGACCUGCAAGACGGCAUGAUUAAGAACACUGCUUCCCUGAAGUAUGAGAACUACGAGCUGACCCUGAAAUCUGACACCAACGGGCAGUAUGAGGACUUUGCCACCUCUAACAAAGUAGACCUGACCUUCUCUCCGCAACACGCCUUGCUGCGUUCUGAGUACCAGGCUGACUACAAGACCUUGAGGCUCUUCACCCUGCUUGCUGGGUCACUGAAUUCCCACGGGCUUGAAAUAAAUGCCGACGUCUUGGGCACGGACAAAAGCAACACUGGGGCUCACAAAGCAACACUGAGGAUUUCCCGAGACGGAAUGUCGACCAGUGCGACGACCAGCUUGAAGUACAGCCCCCUGAUUUUGGAGAAUGAGCUGAAUGCAGCCCUGGGACCGUCCGGGGCGUUCGUGAAGGUGGCGGCAAACGGCCGCUUCAGGGAACACAACGCAAAAUUCAGUCUCGACGGAAAAGCCACCCUCACAGAGGUGUCGCUGGGCAGUGUUUAUCAGGCCAUGAUGCUGGGUGUCGACAGCAAAAAUAUUUUCAACUUCAAAAUUAACCAGGAGGGACUCAAGCUUUCCAAUGACAUGAUGGCCGCCUAUGCCGAAAUGAAACUUGACUACACAAACAGUUUGAACAUUGCGGGGUUCUUGCUGGACUUCUCUUCGAAGAUGGACAACAUCUAUAGUUCGGACAAGUUUUAUAAGCAGACUUAUAAUCUGCAGCUGCAGCCCUUUUCUCUUGUAACGACCUUGAACAAUGAGCUGAAGUUCGAUGCGCUAGAUCUGACCAGCCACGGGAAACUACGACUGGAACCCCUGAAGCUGAACGUGGGCGGGAACAUAAAAGGAGCCUACCAGAGUCACGAGAUAAAACACAUCUACAGCAUGUCUUACGCAGACUUGUCAGCGAGCUACAAAGCAGACACCGUAGCAAAAGUGCAGGACACAGAGUUCAGCCACCGGCUCAGCACAAACAUCGCGGGGCUGGCGUCAGCCAUUGACGUCAGUACAAACUACAAUUCGGACUCACUGCAUUUCAGCAACGUUUUCCACUCUGCUGUGGCCCCUUUCACCGUGACCGUGGAUGCACACACCAGCGGCAACGGGAAGCUGGUUCUCUGGGGAGAACACACGGGGCAACUCUAUAGCAAAUUCCUCUUGAAAGCGGAGCCCCUGGCCCUGACGUUCUCUCACGACUACAAAGGGUCCGCGAGCCACCGUCUCAGGUCCGGGAGGAGCGUCAGCACUGCGCUGGAUCACAAAGUCAGCGCGCUGCUCACGCCCGCUGAGCAGUCGGGCUCCUGGAGGCUCAGGACCCAGUUCAACCAAAACGAAUACAGUCACGAGCUCGAUGCUUACAACACCAAGGACCAAGUCGGUGUGGAGCUUACCGGACGAGCCCUGGCCGACCUCACCGUGCUGGACGCCCCGAUUGCGGUGCCAUUCUUGUUCAGGAACCCUGUCAACGUCAUCGAUGUCCUGGAGAUGAGGGACACCAUGGACCAGCCCCAGGAAUUCACUAUGGUUGCCGCUGUAAAGUAUGAUAAGAACCAAGAUGUUCACACCAUCAACCUCCCAUUCCUUCACCUCCUGCCGGAACACUAUGAGAAGGGUCGAGUAAUCAUUGUAACUUCGCUGGAAGCCAUUCAGAAAGAACUGAAACGUGUCAAUAUUGAUGAAUUCGUGAUGAAAUACAGAACAACCUUGGACGAACUCUCACAGCAAGUUAACGACCAGCUGAGUGGAGUCAGUUGGGAGGAACAAGUUUCCAGCGCCAAGGAGAAACUUGCUGCUUUCAUGGAAAAUUAUGGAAUUACAGAAAAUGAUCUAAAAAUUGCACUGGACAAUGCCAAAAUCAAUUUUAAUGAAAAACUAUCUCAACUACAAGCAUAUGUGAUACAAUUUGAUCAGUAUAUUAAAGAUAAUUAUGAUUUGCCUGAUUUUAAGACAGCUAUUACUAAGAUUAUUGAUCAAAUCAUUGAAAAAUUGAAAAUUCUUGAUGAACAUUAUCAUAUUCGUGUAAAUUUAGUAAAAGCAAUCCAUGAUCUGUAUUUGUUUGUUGAAACGAUUGAUUUUAACAAAGCUGGAAUUAGUACAGCAUCUUGGAUUCAAAAGAUGGAUACUAAGUAUCAAAUCAGAAGCCAGGUACAAGAAAAGUUGCAACAGCUCAAAACACAAAUUGAGAAUAUUGACAUCCAGCACCUUGCAGAAACAUUAAAACAACAGGUUGAAGCCAUCAAUGUCAGAGUGUUUUUAAAUCUACUGAAAACUGCAAUUCCAUUUCAAAAAGUAAAGCAAAUGAUUAAGUAUGUCAAAUACUAUGUUAGAAAUUUCAUUGAAGAUUAUGAAGUAACUGAGAAAAUCAAUGCUUUUAGAGCUGUGGUUCACAGGUUAAUUCAGAUGUAUGAAAUAGACCGACACAUCCAGGUGCUCAUGGAUAAAUCAGUACAGUUGGCCCACAAAUAUAAGGUGAAGGAGACUGUUCAGCAGCUGAGCAAUGUCCUACAACAAGUUGGGAUAAAAGGUCACUUUGAGAAAUUGGUUGGGUUUAUUGAUGAUGCAGUCACACAGCUUAAAGCGAUGUCUUUCAAAAAAUUCAUUGAAGAAGUGAACAGAUUCCUUGAUGUGCUGAUAAAGGAAUUAAGGUCAUUUGAUUACCACCAGUUUGUAGAUAACACCAACAACAAAAUCCGUGAGGUGACUCAGAGAAUCAAUGGUGAAAUCCAGGCCCUGGAACUCCCACAGAAAGCACAGGCACUAAAACUGUUUGUAGAGGACAUCAGCACUGUGGUCUCAGAGCAUCUGGAAAAUAUAAAAGCCACCAACAUAACCUUAUUCACUGAUCGGUUGCAGGAGGCUUUAAAUUCAAAAUCUUUAAGUUACAUGAGAGCUAAAUUCCGAGAGACCCUACAAGAUAUCCGAGACCGAAUAGAUCAGAUGAACUUUCAACAGACAGUUCAGCAAUACCUGUUGCUAGUAGGCCAAGUUUAUGACACAGUUGUUACUUACAUUUCUGACUGGUGGAGUCUUGCGGCUAAAAACCUUACUGACUUUGCAGAACAGCAUUCUAUUCAAGGCUGGGCUGAGACCCUGAAAGCUUUGGUAGAACAAGGGUUCACUGUCCCCGAAAUCCAGACCGCCUUUGGGACCGUGCCUGCCUUUGAAGUCAGCCUCCGUGCCCUUCAGGAAGCUACAUUUAAGACUCCAGACCUCAUAGUCCCCCUGACAGAUCUGAAGGUUCCAUCCAUUCAGAUAAACUUUAAAAAGUUAGGAGAUAUACAAGUCCCACUCAGGUUUUCCACACCCGAAUUUACUGUCCUCAACACCUUCCACAUUCCUUCCUUCACCAUUGAUUUGAUAGAAAUCAGAGCAAAGAUCAUCCAGGUCAUUGACCAAGUGCUGGACAGUGAGCUGCAGUGGUCAGCUCUGGAAGUGUACCUGAGGGACCUACAGGGGCUGGACACGGUGCUUACUAGAGCCACGCUGCCAGACUUCCACGUUCCGGAAAUCACAAUUCCAGAAUUCUUAAUCCCGAAUCUAGACCUCAGAGAUUUUCAAGUCCCUGACCUUCACAUACCAGACUUCCAGCUUCCUGACAUCCCACACACGAUUGCAGUGCCGACUUUUGGCAAGCUCCAUAGUGUUUUGAAAAUCCAGUCUCCUCUUUUCACACUAGAUGCAAACGCUGACGUUCAGAAUGUGACGACCUCAGUGAACGAGGCAGGCAUUAUGGCUUCCGUCACUGCCAAAGGAGACUCCAAGUUAGAAGUGCUCAAGUUUGAUUUUCAGGCAAAGGCACAACUUUCAUACCCUGAGGUUAACCCACUCAUUCUGAAGGAAUCCAUGAGUUUCUCCAGCACGUACCUGAAAACAGAGCAUAAGAGUGAAGUGCUGUUUUUGGAAAAUGCUAUUGAGGGCAAAUCAGACAUAGUGGCAGGUUUACACACAGAAAAAAAUACACUGCAGCUCAGUCAUGGUGUCCUCGUCAGGAUAAACAAUCAGCUUACCCUGGACAGCAACACAAAGUACUUCCACAAACUGAACAUCCCCAAACUGGACUUCUCCAGUCAGGCCAAUCUACACAAUGAAAUCAAGACCCUGUUGGAAGCUGGGCACAUAGAAUGGACUUCUUCUGGGAUGGGAUCCUGGAAAUGGGCCUGCCCCACAUUCUCAGAUGAGGGAACACAUGAAUCGCAAAUUAACUUCACUGUGAAAGGGCCCCUCACGUCCCUGGAAUGGUCUAAUAAGAUCAAUAGCAAACACCUGAGAGUAAACCAAACCUUGGAUUAUGAGUCUAGCUUUCUCGACCUUUACCAGUUGGAGAUUCAGUCGCAAGUCGAAUCCCCACACGUGGGCCACAGUGUUCUCACUGCUAAAGGCACAGCCCAGCUUCGAGAGAGGAAGGUCGAGGUAACUGGCAACCACAAUGCUCAUUUGCAUGGAAGAGUGCAUGGAACUUUGAAGAAUUCUCUCUUCCUUUCAGCACAGCCAUUGGAGAUGACUGCAUCCACCAACAAUGAAGGAAACCUGAAAGUUAGUUUUCCGUUAAAAUUGACGGGGAAAAUAGGCUUCCUGAAUAAUUAUGCACUGUUUCUGAGUCCGAACACCCAGCAAGCUAGUUGGCAAGCCAGUGCCAGGUUCAAUCAGUAUAAAUACAAUCAAAAUUUCUCUGCUGCCAACAAUGAGAACAGCAUUGAGGCGCAUGUGGGAGUAAAUGGAGAAGCCAACCUGGAUUUCCUGAACAAUUCUUUAACAAUUCCUGAAACAACGCUGCCUUAUACAAGACUCACAAUUCCCCAUGUGAAAAAUUUCUCCAUAUGGGAAAAAACCGGUUUGGAAGAAUUCUUGAAAACAACACAGCAGUCAUUUGACUUAAGUGUAAAUGCUCGGUAUAAGAAAAACAAAGACAAACAUUCCAUCCCGAUUCCUUUGGAUGCGUUGUAUGUGUUUAUCAAUAAGAACAUCAAUUCCUUCAACAGGCAUUUUGAGGAAGCCAGGGGCAAGGCAUUCAAUCUCUUCACCAGAUUCUAUAAUAAUGCAAAAAUUAGGUUUGAUAAGUACAAAGUUGAAACAGCUCUGAACAAGCAACCCACGACCUUUCCGAUUCCUGAAUAUGCUAUCCCAGCAGUCAACGCUGACAUAUCUCCAUUCACAGUAGAGAUGUUGCCAUUCGGCUAUGUAAUCCCAAAAGAGAUCAGCCUCCCCAGUGUCACUGUCCCAGACUCUGGCUUCUAUGUGCCCUCACAAAAAACAACCCUAGAUAUGCCAGUCCUUAAUGUCCCUAGGAAUUUCCUUGAGUUUUCUCUUCCAGAAAUCAAGGUACCAAAUGCCCCAAACAAUAUUUUCAUUCCAGCCAUGGGCAAUAUUACCUAUGAUUUUUCCUUUAAAUCAAGUGUCAUCACCCUGAAUACCAAUGUUGGACUUUACAACCAAUCAGAUAUCGUUGCCCAUUUGCUUACUUCAGCUUCUUCCGUCAUUGAUGCACUGCAGUACAAAUUAGAGGGCACCUCAAGCUUGACCGGGAGGCGGGGGUUGAAGGUGGCCACCACUUUGUCUCUGAGUAACAAAUUUGUGGAAGGCAAGCACGACAGCACCAUUAGCUUAACCAGGAAUGCCGCGGAAGCUUCAAUGACAACAAGAGCCAAAGUCCAAAGCCCAAUUUUGAAAAUGGAUUUAAAGCAAAAACUUAAUGGAAAUCCCAGGUCAAAUCCUACUGUCUCUUCAUCCAUUCAAUUAAAGUAUGACAUCAAUGCCCCUGAGCUAUACUCGACUGCCUCGGGGACCAUUGACCACAAGCUCAGCUUAGAAACCCUCACUUCUUACUUUUCCAUGGAGUCAUCCCACAGAGGAAAUAUCCAGGGUUCAGUCCUUUCACAGGCAUAUUCAGGAAUGAUUGCCAAUGAGGUCAACACCUAUUUAAAUUCCAAGGGGACCCGGUCUUCAGUGAAGCUACAAGGGGCUUCCAAAGUUGAUGGUAUCUGGAACCUUGAGGUAAAAGAAAGUUUUGCUGGAGAAGCCACUCUCCAACGGGUAUAUGCCAUCUGGGAACACAAUACCAAAAACCACUUACAGCUGGUGGGCCCCUUUUCAACAUCCGGAGAGCAUGCAGGCAAAGCCACGCUGGAACUCUCCCCGUGGAAAAUGUCAGCCCUUGUUCAGGUCAGUGCAAGUCAGCCCAACUACUUACUUGAUCUUGAUUACCUUGGCCAGGAAAUGGCCCUAAACGUUAACACUGAGAGCCAGAAGGUGAGCUGGAGAAGUGAGAUCAAGGUCCUCUCUGGGUCUCUCCAGAAUGAUGUUCAGCUUUCCAAUGACCAAAAAGAGGCACGCCUUGACAUUGCAGGUUCCUUAGAAGGGCACCUACGGUUCCUCAACAAUAUUGCCCUACCGGUGUAUGCCAAGACCUUAUGGGAACUUCUGAAGCUGGAUAUCACCACCAGCACUGACCAGAAACAGUCUCUUCGUGCUUCAGCAGCCCUUGCGUACACCAAAAACCCCAGGGGCUAUGUCUUCUCCAUCCCCGUGCAAGAACUGGCCGAUAAAUUUGUUAUUCCUGGACUGAAAGGAAAUAAUCUGAACUCCGUUUUUGUCACCCCUGCAUUCCAAGUCCCGUUCACAGAUCUACAGGUUCCGUCCUACCUACUGGACUUCAGUGAAAUACAAAUCUACAAGAAGCUAAGCACCUCACCAUUUGCCCUCAAAGUACCAGCACUGCCCACAGUGAAAUUCCCUGAAGCUGAUGUGUUAACAAAGUAUUCUCCACCAGAAGACUCUUCCAUCCCAUUUUUUGAGAUAACUGUGCCUGAAUCUGAAUUAACUAUACCCCAGCUCACCUAUCCAGAAAGUAUUUCCAUUGGCGCUGCUGUUUUGGAUCUAAACGAGGUGGCUGGCAAGAUUGCAGACUUCAGGUUGCCAAACAUCACCCUGCCCGAUCAGACUAUUAAGAUUCCUUCCAUGAAGUUCUCUGUACCUGCUGGAAUCUACAUCCCCUCCUUUGGAGCACUGACUGCACGUUUCGGGGUGACCUCUCCCCUGUACAAUACUACUUGGAGUGCUGGUUUGAAAAACAAAGAAGAUCAUGUUGAAACAUUCCUGGAUUCCACAUGCAGCUCAACCAUACAGUUCCUGGAAUAUAACCUUAAUGUUGUGGGAACGCACCAGAUUGAAGGUGGCACGUUGGUCUCUAAGGCUAAAGGAACACUUGCUCACCGUGACGUCAGUGCAGCAUAUAAAGAAGACGGCAAAUAUCAAGGAUUUCUGGACUGGAAGGGAGAGGUUCGCCUGGACAUCACCAGCCCGACCUUUACCGACGCCCACCUGCGCUACUACUCCGAUGGAGAUGCCCACUACUCAGCAGCCUUUCCAGCCAUAGGCACGGUGGCCGUGGACUCGGAACAUGAUAACAGUACCUUAAAAUACAAUCUCUACUACCGCCCUCAGACGUCUCCAGAUAAAAAACUCAGCAUAUUCAAAAUUGAGUUUAUUGUCCCUGAAUCUCAUGAGACACUGGAGGUGAAAGUUAACUGGCAAGAAGAGGCAGUGUCUGAACUGCUAACCUCUCUGAAAGACAACGUGCCCAAGGCGACAGAGGCCCUUUAUGACGGUGUCAACAGGUACCACAAGGAAUGCACAGGGCUUGAUCUGAGAGACGCUUCUUCGGAACUGAGAAGAAGUCUGCAGAGCACAGCUGAGCAGACCUAUCAAGAGGUGGUGAGCCUGAUUGACGAGGUGGACCAGACGCUCGAACUCAGGAGGGUGGCCAGAGAUGCUACAAGAACCUACCAGCUGUGGAAUGACAAGGCCCAGAAUCUAUACCAGGAACUAUUGGAUCAGGAAGGCCAAGUCGAUCUCCAGAGACUACAAAAUACGGUGCUUGACAACCUAAUAGGAGUUACUAGGGAAUACAAAAUAAUAGCCAGGCGUCUGACUGGCUCAUUCAUUGAUUACCUGAAGUUUGCCAGAUUCUGGCUCCCAGGAAGGGCCAGGACAUACACUGUAGAUGAACUCUGUACUGUGGUCAUGAAAGAAGUAGGGAGGGUACUGUCCCAGGUACAUUCCAAAAUCCAUAGUGGGUUGGAAAUACUGUUUUCCUACUUCCAAGACCUGAUGGAGAAAUCUGAAUUAAUCAAGGACCUAGAAAUUAAAUUUCCUUUUGAUUCAAAAAGUCAUAAACUAACUGAUGUAACCUUGGAGUAUGGAAAACUGUUGAAAUCUUUAUCACAACAGCUCCAAAAGGUAUUUAAUGACCUCCAGUCUAACAACACUACAGAGAUGCUAGGUGAUCUUCAGAGAUAUUUACAAAAUAUUUUCCAAGACAUUGAAGGAGCAAUGAACCGCUUAAAGGGGAAGAAACUUACUAAUCUCAUUCAUGAUAUCAGUACGGCCUUCAACAGUUAUACUCAAUAUGUUUUUAAGUUUCUGAAAGAAAACCUAAACCUUGACCUGGGUAAGCUUAAUGAACUUAUUCAGAACAAACUUCAGGAAGCUUCUCAAGAGUUAGAGCAGAUCCAUCAGUACAUAAAGGCUCUUCGCAAGGAAUAUUUUGAUUCAAAGGUGGUCAGCUGUGCAAUGAAAUAUUAUGAACUUGAAGACAAGAUAAUCAACCUGAUCAAAAAGUUAGUAGACAUCCUGAAGGACUUGCAUUCCAGAUACACUGUCAGUGCCACUAGCUUUACUUCCCAACUCUCAAGUGAGGUUGAACAGUUUGUGCAGAAAGAUAUCCAGAAAUACCUUAGCAUCCUUGCCGAUGCAGAUGGAAAAGGGAAAGAAAAGAUUGUGGAGCUUUCUACCAGUGCUCAGGAAAUAAUUAAAAGCUGGACCACUGCGAUGAAGAAAAUCAUUUUUGAUUACCACCAGCAGUUCAAAUAUAAACUACAGAAUUUUUCAGACCAACUCCCUGAUUACUAUGAAAAAUUCAUUGCUGAGUCCAAAAGAUUGAUUGACCUGUCCAUUCAAAAAUACCAGAUGUUUCUGAGCUAUAUCAUGGAGUUACUCAGAGACCUGAAAUUGGCCACAGUCGGUGACAUGAGCCAUUAUGUCAAGAUUGCCCCGGGAGAAUUUACUAUCACCUUCUAAUUUUUGUAAAGCAAUUCUCAUUUAUUCUUGUACUCCAAUUAAGCUUCUACAUAGUAGAAAAAAUAAUGUAGGCAUUGAUAUAAUUAUGCACUGAGGCAGUCCUGGAGCAGGCAGCUGACUACGAGCAGAAGCACAUGCGAGCUGGACCUGGGCUGAGCCUGGCGUGGGGUCUCUGAAGGUCUCUGCACUCUGAGAAGCAAUACUUUUUUUUUUUUGCAAGUUGAAGAAAAUCAGGAUCUGAAUUAUUUUGCUAAACUAGGGGGAGGGAAGGGUGAACAAAUAAAUGAAUUCUUUGUUGUGAAUCAUA